AGGGCGAGGCCCGAGCCCCACAGCCAGCCACCGGGAGACGAGAGGGCUCGCGGGCCGGCUGGCGGGGCGCAGAGCCGGGCAGCACAGGUCUAGCCAGGCUGGAGAGGAGAAACCGCCACCAUGGUUGCGCUUUCGCUGAAGAUCAGCAUUGGGAAUGUGGUGAAGACGAUGCAGUUUGAGCCGUCCACCAUGGUGUACGACGCCUGUCGCAUCAUCCGUGAGCGUAUCCCGGAGGCCCCGGCUGGCUCUCCUAGCGACUUUGGGCUGUUUCUGUCAGAUGAUGACCCCAAAAAGGGUAUAUGGCUGGAGUCUGGGAAAGCUUUGGAUUACUACAUGCUCCGAAAUGGGGACACCAUGGAAUAUAGGAAGAAACAGAGACCCCUGAAGAUCCGGAUGCUAGAUGGAACUGUGAAGACUAUCAUGGUAGAUGACUCAAAGACCGUCACUGACAUGCUCAUGACCAUCUGUGCCCGCAUCGGCAUCACCAACCAUGAUGAAUAUUCACUGGUUCGAGAGCUGAUGGAAGAGAAGAAGGAGGAGGUGACGGGGACCUUGCGAAAGGACAAGACACUGCUGAGAGAUGAAAAGAAGAUGGAGAAACUAAAGCAGAAAUUGCACACAGAUGAUGAGUUGAACUGGCUGGACCAUGGCCGGACACUGAGGGAACAGGGUGUGGAAGAGCAUGAGACGCUUCUGCUGCGGAGGAAGUUCUUCUACUCAGACCAGAAUGUGGACUCCCGGGACCCGGUGCAGCUGAACCUCCUCUAUGUGCAGGCACGAGAUGACAUCCUGAAUGGCUCCCACCCUGUCUCCUUCGACAAGGCCUGUGAGUUUGCUGGCUUCCAAUGCCAGAUCCAGUUUGGGCCCCACAAUGAGCAGAAGCACAAGGCCGGCUUCCUCGACCUGAAGGACUUCCUGCCCAAGGAGUAUGUGAAGCAGAAGGGAGAGCGUAAGAUCUUCCAGGCACACAAGAAUUGUAAGGAUUUGAAUGAGAUAGAGGCCAAGGUGAACUAUGUGAAGUUAGCUCGUUCCCUCAAGACAUACGGUGUCUCUUUCUUCCUGGUAAAGGAAAAAAUGAAAGGAAAGAACAAACUGGUGCCCAGACUUUUGGGCAUUACCAAGGAGUGUGUGAUGCGCGUGGAUGAGAAGACCAAAGAGGUGAUCCAGGAGUGGAACCUCACCAACAUCAAGCGCUGGGCUGCCUCUCCCAAGAGCUUUACCCUGGACUUUGGGGACUACCAGGAUGGCUACUAUUCAGUACAGACGACCGAGGGCGAGCAGAUUGCGCAGCUCAUUGCCGGCUACAUCGAUAUCAUCCUUAAGAAGAAAAAAAGCAAAGAUCACUUUGGACUGGAAGGAGAUGAGGAGUCUACUAUGCUAGAAGACUCAGUGUCCCCCAAAAAGUCGACGGUCUUGCAGCAGCAGUAUAACCGGGUGGGGAAGGUGGAGCACGGCUCUGUGGCCUUGCCUGCCAUCAUGCGCUCUGGAGCCUCUGGGCCUGAGAACUUCCAGGUGGGCAGCAUGCCGCCUGCCCAGCAGCAGAUCACCAGUGGCCAGAUGCACCGCGGACACAUGCCUCCUUUGACAUCAGCCCAGCAGGCACUCACUGGAACCAUCAACUCCAGCAUGCAGGCUGUGCAGGCUGCCCAGGCCACUCUGGAUGAUGUUGAUGCUCUGCCUCCCCUAGGCCAGGAUGCCGCCUCCAAAGCCUGGCGUAAGAACAAGAUGGACGAAUCGAAGCAUGAGAUCCACUCCCAGGUGGAUGCCAUCACCGCUGGUACUGCCUCAGUGGUGAACCUGACGGCAGGAGACCCUGCAGAGACAGACUACACAGCAGUGGGCUGUGCAGUCACCACGAUCUCCUCCAACCUGACGGAGAUGUCCCGUGGCGUGAAGCUGCUGGCUGCGCUGCUGGAGGAUGAAGGCGGCAGUGGCCGUCCCCUGCUGCAGGCGGCGAAGGGCCUUGCGGGGGCAGUGUCAGAGCUGCUGCGCACUGCCCAACCAGCCAGUGCCGAGCCCCGUCAGAACCUGCUGCAAGCGGCUGGGAACGUGGGCCAGGCCAGUGGGGAGCUGUUGCAGCAAAUUGGGGAAAGUGAUACUGACCCCCACUUCCAGGAUGUGCUGAUGCAGCUCGCCAAGGCUGUGGCAAGUGCUGCAGCUGCCCUGGUCCUCAAGGCCAAGAGUGUGGCCCAGCGGACAGAGGAUGCGGGUCUGCAGACCCAGGUUAUUGCCGCGGCCACGCAGUGUGCCCUGUCCACCUCCCAGCUGGUGGCCUGUACCAAGGUAGUGGCACCUACAAUCAGCUCACCCGUCUGCCAAGAACAGCUGGUGGAAGCAGGCCGACUGGUAGCCAAAGCUGUGGAAGGCUGCGUGUCUGCCUCCCAAGCAGCCACAGAGGACGGGCAGCUGCUGCGGGGGGUAGGAGCGGCAGCCACGGCUGUCACCCAGGCUCUGAAUGAGCUGCUGCAGCACGUGAGGGCCCAUGCCACCGGGGCUGGGCCCGCUGGCCGUUACGACCAGGCCACCGACACCAUCCUUACUGUCACUGAGAACAUCUUCAGCUCCAUGGGUGAUGCUGGUGAGAUGGUGCGCCAGGCCCGCAUUCUAGCCCAAGCCACCUCCGACCUGGUCAACGCUAUCAAGGCUGAUGCUGAGGGGGAGAGUGAUCUGGAGAACUCCCGCAAGCUGUUGAGUGCUGCCAAGAUCCUCGCUGAUGCCACAGCCAAGAUGGUGGAGGCUGCCAAGGGAGCAGCUGCCCACCCCGACAGUGAGGAACAGCAGCAGCGGCUGAGGGAGGCGGCUGAGGGGCUGCGCAUGGCUACCAAUGCAGCUGCGCAGAAUGCCAUCAAGAAGAAGCUGGUGCAGCGCCUGGAGCACGCAGCCAAGCAGGCUGCGGCCUCAGCCACACAGACCAUCGCUGCGGCUCAACAUGCAGCCUCUGCCCCCAAGGCUUCUGCUGGCCCCCAGCCCCUGCUGGCACAGAGCUGCAAGGCUGUGGCGUAUCAGAUUCCACUGCUGGUGCAAGGUGUCCGAGGAAGCCAGGCUCAGCCUGACAGUCCCAGUGCUCAGCUGGCCCUCAUCGCUGCCAGUCAGAACUUCCUGCAGCCAGGUGGGAAGAUGGUGGCAGCUGUGAAGGCCUCAGUGCCAACAAUUCAGGACCAAGCUUCAGCCAUGCAGCUGAGUCAGUGUGCUAAGAACCUUGGCACUGCGUUGGCCGAACUCCGUACUGCUGCCCAGAAGGCUCAGGAAGCGUGCGGGCCUUUGGAGAUAGACUCUGCGCUGAGUGUGGUACAGAAUCUGGAGCGAGACCUGCAGGAAGUGAAGGCAGCAGCUCGAGAUGGCAAGCUUAAACCUUUGCCCGGGGAGACGAUGGAGAAAUGUGUCCAGGACCUGGGCAACAGCACCAAAGCUGUGAGCUCUGCCAUUGCCCAGCUGCUGGGGGAGGUUACCCAGGGCAAUGAAAAUUAUGCAGGUAUUGCAGCUCGGGAUGUGGCAGGUGGGCUGCGGGCACUGGCCCAGGCCGCGAGGGGUGUAGCUGCCCUGACAUCAGACCCAGCAGUUCAGGCCAUCGUGCUUGACACAGCCAGUGACGUGCUGGACAAGGCCAGCAAUCUGAUCGAGGAAGCAAAAAAGACAGCUGGCCAUCCCGAGGACCCUGAAAGCCAGCAACGACUUGCCCAGGUGGCUAAAGCCGUGACGCAGGCUCUGAACCGCUGUCUUAGCUGCCUGCCUGGCCAACAAGACGUGGACAACGCCCUGAGAGCAGUUGGAGAAGCCAGCAAGCGACUCCUGAGUGACUCGCUUCCGCCCAGCACUGGGACAUUUCAAGAAGCUCAGAGUCGAUUGAAUGAGGCUGCUGCUGGGCUGAAUCAGGCAGCCACAGAAAUGGUGCAGGCCUCUCGGGGCACCCCUCAGGACAUGGCUCGAGCCUCAGGUCGAUUUGGACAGGACUUCAGCACCUUCCUGGAAGCUGGCGUAGAGAUGGCAGGACAGGCUCCGAGUCCGGAAGACCGCGCCAAGGUCGUAUCCAAUUUGAAGGGUAUCUCCAUGUCUUCAAGCAAACUUCUUCUGGCUGCCAAGGCCCUGUCCACAGACCCUGCUUCCCCCAAUCUCAAGACUCAGCUGGCUGCGGCUGCCCGGGCAGUGACUGACAGCAUCAACCAGCUCAUCUCCAUGUGCACCCAGCAGGCGCCAGGCCAGAAGGAGUGUGACAAUGCCCUCCGGGAGCUGGAGACGGUCCGGGAGCUGCUAGAGAACCCAGUCCAGCCCAUCAAUGACAUGUCCUACUUCGGCUGCCUGGAUAGCGUAAUGGAGAAUUCCAAGGUCCUGGGUGAGGCCAUGACUGGCAUCUCCCAAAAUGCCAAGAACGGAAACCUGCCAGAGUUUGGGGAGGCCAUUGCCACCGCCUCCAAGGCCCUGUGUGGCUUCACGGAGGCAGCUGCACAGGCAGCAUAUCUGGUGGGCGUCUCCGACCCCAACAGCCAGGCUGGACAGCAGGGACUGGUAGAGCCCACACAGUUUGCUCGUGCAAACCAGGCAAUUCAGAUGGCCUGUCAAAGUUUGGGGGAGCCAGGCUGCACCCAGGCCCAGGUGCUCUCUGCAGCCACCAUUGUGGCCAAACACACCUCUGCGCUGUGUAACAGCUGCCGCCUGGCUUCCGCUCGGACGGCCAACCCCACCGCCAAGCGCCAGUUUGUACAGUCAGCCAAGGAGGUGGCCAACAGCACCGCCAACCUCGUCAAGACCAUCAAGGCGCUCGAUGGGGCCUUCACGGAAGAGAACCGUGCCCAAUGCCAAGCAGCAACAGCCCCUCUGCUGGAGGCUGUGGAAAACCUGAGUGCCUUUGCGUCCAACCCUGAGUUCUCCAGCAUUCCUGCCCAGAUCAGUCCUGAGGGCCGAGCUGCCAUGGAACCUAUUGUGAUCUCUGCUAAGACAAUGUUGGAGAGUGCUGGGGGGCUGAUCCAGACAGCCCGGGCCCUGGCAGUCAACCCCAGGGAUCCCCCAAGCUGGUCAGUGCUGGCUGGCCACUCACGUACCGUCUCAGAUUCCAUCAAGAAGCUUAUUACGAGCAUGAGGGACAAGGCUCCAGGGCAGCUGGAGUGCGAGACGGCCAUUGCAGCUCUGAACAGCUGUCUGCGCGACCUAGACCAGGCCUCCCUUGCUGCGGUCAGCCAGCAGCUUGCUCCCCGUGAAGGGAUCUCUCAAGCGGCCUUGCAUACCCAGAUGCUCACCGCAGUGCAGGAGAUCUCCCAUCUUAUCGAGCCACUGGCCAGUGCCGCCCGGGCUGAAGCCUCACAACUGGGACAUAAGGUGUCCCAGAUGGCUCAGUACUUUGAGCCACUCACCCUGGCUGCAGUGGGUGCCGCCUCCAAGACCUUGAGCCACCCGCAGCAGAUGGCGCUCCUGGACCAGACUAAGACCUUGGCAGAGUCGGCCCUGCAGCUUCUGUACACGGCCAAGGAGGCUGGUGGUAACCCCAAGCAAGCAGCUCAUACCCAGGAAGCCCUGGAGGAGGCCGUGCAGAUGAUGACGGAGGCCGUGGAGGACCUGACGACGACGCUCAACGAGGCAGCCAGUGCUGCUGGGGUUGUUGGUGGCAUGGUAGACUCCAUCACCCAGGCUAUCAAUCAGCUAGAUGAAGGACCAAUGGGCGAACCAGAAGGUUCCUUUGUGGAUUACCAGACAACUAUGGUGCGGACAGCCAAGGCCAUCGCUGUCACUGUUCAGGAGAUGGUAACCAAGUCAAACACCAGCCCUGAGGAGCUGGGCCCGCUUGCUAACCAGCUGACCAGUGACUAUGGCCGUCUGGCCUCGCAAGCUAAGCCUGCAGCUGUGGCUGCUGAAAAUGAAGAGAUAGGUGCCCACAUCAAGCACCGGGUGCAGGAGCUGGGGCACAGCUGUGCUGCUCUGGUCACCAAGGCAGGUGCCCUGCAGUGCAGCCCGAGUGACGCCUACACCAAGAAAGAGCUCAUAGAGUGUGCCCGGAGAGUCUCCGAGAAGGUCUCCCACGUGCUGGCUGCACUCCAGGCUGGGAAUCGUGGCACGCAGGCCUGCAUCACGGCUGCCAGCGCCGUGUCCGGCAUCAUUGCUGACCUUGAUACCACCAUCAUGUUUGCCACCGCCGGCACGCUCAACCGAGAGGGCACUGAAACUUUUGCUGACCACCGGGAGGGCAUUCUGAAGACUGCGAAGGUGCUGGUGGAGGACACCAAGGUCCUAGUGCAGAAUGCAGCUGGGAGCCAGGAGAAGUUGGCACAGGCUGCCCAGUCCUCUGUGGCCACCAUCACCCGCCUCGCAGAUGUGGUUAAGCUGGGUGCAGCCAGCCUGGGAGCUGAGGACCCUGAGACCCAGGUGGUGCUGAUCAAUGCCGUGAAAGAUGUGGCUAAAGCCCUGGGAGACCUCAUCAGUGCCACAAAGGCUGCAGCGGGCAAAGUCGGGGAUGACCCUGCCGUGUGGCAGCUCAAGAACUCUGCCAAGGUGAUGGUGACCAAUGUGACAUCCUUGCUCAAGACUGUGAAAGCUGUGGAAGAUGAGGCCACCAAAGGCACGCGGGCACUGGAGGCGACCACUGAGCACAUACGGCAGGAACUAGCGGUUUUCUGUUCCCCAGAGCCACCUGCCAAGACUUCUACCCCAGAAGAUUUCAUCCGAAUGACCAAGGGUAUUACCAUGGCGACAGCCAAGGCUGUUGCUGCUGGCAACUCCUGUCGCCAGGAAGAUGUCAUUGCCACGGCCAAUCUCAGCCGUCGUGCUAUCGCUGACAUGCUUCGGGCCUGCAAGGAAGCAGCUUACCACCCAGAGGUGGCCCCCGACGUGCGGCUCCGUGCCCUGCACUACGGCCGGGAGUGUGCCAACGGCUACCUGGAACUGCUGGACCACGUGCUGCUGCCGACCCUGCAAAAGCCAAACCCAGAACUGAAGCAGCAGUUGACAGGACACUCGAAGCGUGUGGCUGGCUCAGUCACUGAGCUCAUCCAGGCUGCAGAGGCCAUGAAGGGAACAGAAUGGGUGGACCCAGAGGACCCCACGGUUAUUGCUGAGAACGAGCUCCUGGGCGCUGCGGCUGCCAUCGAGGCUGCAGCCAAAAAGCUGGAGCAGCUGAAGCCGCGGGCCAAACCCAAGGAGGCAGAUGAGUCCUUGAACUUUGAGGAACAGAUACUGGAAGCUGCCAAGUCCAUUGCAGCAGCCACCAGUGCCCUGGUCAAGGCUGCAUCAGCUGCCCAGAGGGAACUGGUGGCCCAAGGGAAGGUGGGCGCCAUUCCAGCCAACGCACUGGAUGAUGGGCAGUGGUCCCAGGGCCUCAUCUCCGCAGCCCGGAUGGUGGCCGCAGCUACUAACAAUCUAUGUGAGGCAGCCAAUGCAGCUGUACAAGGCCACGCCAGCCAGGAGAAGCUCAUCUCAUCAGCCAAGCAGGUCGCUGCCUCCACAGCCCAGCUCCUUGUGGCAUGUAAGGUCAAGGCUGACCAGGACUCAGAGGCAAUGAAACGGCUUCAGGCCGCUGGCAAUGCAGUGAAGCGAGCCUCAGAUAACCUGGUAAAGGCAGCGCAGAAGGCCGCAGCCUUUGAGGACCAGGAGAAUGAGACCGUGGUGGUGAAGGAGAAGAUGGUUGGGGGCAUUGCCCAGAUCAUUGCCGCACAGGAAGAAAUGCUUCGGAAGGAACGCGAGCUGGAAGAAGCUCGGAAGAAGCUGGCCCAGAUCCGGCAGCAACAGUACAAGUUCCUGCCUUCAGAGCUUCGAGAUGAGCACUAGGCAGGCACUUCUAUUUAAAGCAGACCCAGCCCAGAGACUGUGCCUGCCACUACCAAAGGUUUUGGGGUCAUAGGGCCCAACCUACCCAACCCCAACACUCCCAAAGUGCCUGCCAUUGCCAGGCCUGGCCCUGCCCAGUGCCACUGCACGUCCCGAUCUCUUCCCCAAAUCCAAGUGCCUUUGUGCCCUCGGGCCUCCUAAGUGCCUGCCCUUCCCAGAGUAUUAACGCUCAGAGAGUAUUAUUAACGCUGCUGUACCUCAGUCUGAACCUGCCAGGGGCCUAGCCCACCCCACCCUGCCAGCAGCUUCCAGCAUCCCCACAGCCACCUUCUUACCCUUUUUGAUACUGUGUUCUCCACUCUUUUGACCCAUGAGGUCCAAGCAGGAAAUGUCCCAAUAAAGGUGAUUCCUCAA